ACUCAAUAAUUUUGGAAGAAGAAAAUACAAUUUUUGUUUGAAGAGUAACCUAAAUUUCGUAUUUUGUUGCAGAGUACUGAAAACCAGAAUGACAUUGAUCACCCUAAAAUGAAAGAAGACAGAAAGACAAUAAUGGAGUGGGGCUAGAGCAUUGCUUUAUCCCUUUCGUGUCAGAUACUGUUGCCACUUUCGCAUCAACCACAACUCUUAUGCUGCUGUAUCAUCAUAUAUUACUAUCAUAGCUCAAAUCUCCUGACACGCGUUAUCUUCUUGAUUCCUAACUUCAAACGACGCCGUUUCCUUUUUUCAGGAUAUUAAUUUUUGGCCUUCAAUCCAUCUAAGAUUGGUCUAUUAGGACACAAUAUAAAGCUGGUGGAGGGAGAGAUGAAUUUCCUUAUAUCAGUGAGAGACAUGUUUAACAUUUUGAAAGAAGUGGCAGAUUUCCUGAAGUUAUCCAGAUAAAUCAGUGAAAGUCUUCAGACCAUGGAGGACGAUGGAAGGUUUGAAGAGAAGUGCUUUUCAAAUGGGGAUGUCUACGUUGGUAAGUUCAAAGGUAUACUUCCCCAUGGCGACGGAAAGUACACAUGGUCAAAUGGAACAGUAUAUGAGGGUGAUUGGAUAGAUGGAAAAAGGACAGGGAAAGGACUGAUUACGUGGCCAUCAGGAGCAAAGUAUGAGGGUGAAUUCUCCGGGAGUUACCUUCAUGGUCAUGGCACAUUUACAAAAUCGAAUGGCUGCGUUUACACUGGUGGUUGGAGGAUGAAUGCUCAUCAUGGGAUUGGCCAAAAGGUGUAUUCCAAUUCGGAUAGUUAUGAAGGUUUAUGGAAAGAAGGAAUUCGCGAAGGAAGUGGAAGGUAUACUUGGAACAAUGGAAGUAGCUACAUUGGAAAUUGGAAAAAAGGGAAAAUAGAUGGCAGAGGGAUUAUGACAUGGGGCAAUGGUGAUAUAUUUGAUGGUUGUUGGUCAAAUGGACUUAGACAAGGAUCUGGAGUUUAUAGAUUUUCAGAUGGUGGACUUUAUAUUGGGACAUGGAGUAAGGGCCUAAAGGAUGGAAAAGGAACAUACUAUCCUUCUGGUAGUAAACAACCACCCCUAAACAAGUGGUGUAGCAUUCUUAAUACUGAUGAUAGUGGACACAUACGUCUUAACCGUAGACUCUCUGAAAAGGCUCCAGUCAGUGGUAGAUCUAAAAGUUUGCGGCAUUUAUCUCACAGGACUCCGUCACUGGAUGCGAAUUGGAGCCUUCAAAAUCCUUCUGGAGAUUGCAUAUGUCGCGAUUCCUCGUCCGCAUUACUGCAGACCUCUAAUGAAGGUCAAUCCGAAGCAUCUGGUAUGAGUAAUAUGGUUUCUGAAAGGGAAUAUAUGCAAGGAGUUCUGAUUAUGGAGAGAAUUAAACAGUAUUCAGAAAUAUUACAUAAUAAGAACAAAAGGCAAAAUAAAUUUAGUAUGAAGCCGGUAAAGAAGAGUUCAUUUAUGGACAUUUUUGAAGACCGUCGAAGCUAUUAUCUGAAGCUUAAUUUGCAGCUUGGCAUCAGGUACACUGUAGGAAAAAUUACACCGAUUCCUGCACGCGAAGUUCGAUCAUCUGAUUUUGGAGAUCGAGCUAGGAUAAGGAUGUACUUCCCUAAGGAUGGUUCACAAUUGACUCCUCCACAUUGUUCUUUAGACUUCUACUGGAAAGAUUAUUGCCCUAUGGUCUUCAGGAAUUUGAGAGAGAUGUUCAAAUUGGAUGCGGCAGAGUACAUGAUGUCCAUUUGUGGUGACUGUGGUCUAAAAGACAUAUCUUCACCUGGAAAAAGUGGCAGCAUCUUCUUUAUUUCUCAAGAUGAUAAAUUUGUGAUAAAGACACUAAAAAAGUAUGAGCUAAAGGUAUUGCUCAAUAUGCUUCCUAAAUACUACAAUCAUGUAGGAAGCUAUGAGAAUACACUUAUUACAAAAUUCUUCGGCGUCCAUCGAAUAACACUGAGAGGUGGGAAGAAGGUUCGCUUCGUGGUCAUGGGAAAUAUGUUUUGCACCGAACUGCAUAUCCAUCGUCGUUAUGAUCUGAAGGGCUCUUCUCAAGGAAGAUAUACACGCAAAGAGAAAAUUAAUAGUAAUUCAACAUUGAAAGAUCUUGAUCUAAAAUAUGAAUUUCAUAUGGAUAAAAAAUUGCGAGAAUCCUUAUUCAAGCAAAUUUCUCUAGACUGCAAGUUCUUGGAAUCUCAGCACAUAAUCGAUUACAGCCUUCUGUUGGGAUUGCAUUUUAGAGCUCCAGAGAAUCUAAAGGCCUUAGUGGAACCUCCCAGAUCAAUGCAGCGUUUGCAUAGUUUACCUUCCGGAGAUGAUAUACUCAAACAAGGGGAGCAGUUGAUUAUUCCUAAUGGCUUGUUAUUAGUCGCACACGAACCGAGUUUUGUCAACACAACUCCUGGACCCCACAUUAGAGGGAAUACAUUGAGGGCAUACUCCAUAGGUGACAGGGAAGUUGAUGUUUUACUUCCUGGUACUGCAAGGUUGCGAGUGCAAUUAGGAGUAAAUAUGCCAGCUCAAGCUACUAGAUUGCUUCAGGAAGAUAAAGUGGAAGAAUCAGAAAUUGAACUUUUUGAGGUUUAUGAUGUGGUUCUCUACAUGGGAAUAAUUGAUAUACUGCAAGAAUACAAUAUCAAAAAGAAAAUUGAGCAUGCAUACAAAUCAAUACAGUUUGAUCCUAUGAGUGUAUCAGUAAUAGAACCCAGGACUUAUGCGCAACGUUUCAUCAAUUUCAUGGACAAAAAAGUUUUCCCCGAGUCCCCUUGAGUUUGUAAAUUUAUCAUCUUUUGUUUUUGGUUUAUUCCUUCUUUGUAACUAAUUGUUCCAAAGAAUGAAUGUUGUAUUUUUUUUUCAGCUCAGUUUUGUUUCAUUCCACAUAAUUCUUUCAGAUUUAUUUUUCCUGUUUAGAAUAAGAAGGUUGCAAUUCAAACAGAUUAUGUUGAAUAUUGUACUUAAUUAUUUUGGUGAUUAAUUGCUUUUUUAUGUUAAGAAAGAA